AUGAAGAUCGUCACACAGGAAGAAAUCGACGGCCACACGAAUGCUACUAUCCGCGGUGCAGCAGAAGGCGCAUUUCUGAGUGCAGCCGUCGCUAUCCCUGGUUCACUGCUGCUUAACCGUCGAUGGGCAUCCUAUCGAGCACUCCCUCUAUCUUUAAAAGUCAUGGGUACCGUCAUAAUGAUUGCGCCUUGCAUAUCCAUCCAGGCUGAAAGGCGCGGUCUAGAAUUCGAUCGUGCACAUUGGACCGGCGCAGGUAAAUGGGAACUAGACAGAGAAGCAGCAGAGGAAGAGGCACGAUGGGGGGCUCUGACAACAAAAGACAAAGUUGGAGACUGGGCAUCACGACACCAGUACAGCAUCAUUCUUGGAAGCUGGGUUUUGUCAAUGGCAGUCGCUGGCAGCAUUAUCUCUAGAGAUAGACAUCAGACAUUACCUCAAAAGAUUGUUCAAGUACGUAUGUGGGCACAGGGCUUGACUAUUGGCGUCUUGAUUGGCGCAGGGAUCCUUACGCACAAUCAGCGCCAGGCUGCCCUUCAGCGCCGGCCGGUUGAUCACUCGUGGCAAAGCUUGCUUGCAGAACAAGCAAGGGAGAAGGAGGAGGCAAGAAGGGCGCAUUCGAACGCUCCAAAUCCUCUGUAG